AUGUCCAUCAGCGAUACCAUCGGUAGGAGUACCCGGUGGGAUCGGAUGAUGUACUCGGGGAGUAGCAGCGUAUUGCUUCUUGACAGGUUGCUUACCGGUGGUUACUUGCGUCUUUUGAGUGAGAGCAAUGCGACCCUUUCACGAAGCAUGAAGGACAUGGGAACUGUUCAGAAGCUUCUAUGCACCUCUCCCACUUUACACAGUAGUGUAAAUGUUGCCUGUGUUUUGCCAUCCGAACUCCGAGCACAUGCCAGCGUUUGGCUCUCAAGCUACCAGGAGGAACCAAAUUCCGAUAUGUCCGAGCAUGAUGCAGUGCCCGUUCAUCUUGUCGCCGCCCAGCCAAGCGAGCCAGCCAACCAGCCCGGCACCAUGUCCGACGACCGGCCGAUCCCCGGCAUUCCAGAACCGAGCCCAGCUACCGGGCCCCGUUUGGUGGCUGGGGCGAUGGAAAGUUGGAAAGUUCCACAAGAAGCACGCAAUACCGACGCGUUUUCACGUGGGGACUUCACAAGAUGGGAAGCUUGGCGGAUGUGA